UAAUAAUAAAGGAAGAUGCCAUUGCAGUUGGCAACACACACAACCUGAGAGAGAGAGAGAGAGAGAGAGAUGAUGAUGAUGAUGGAGGUGAAAGAAGCGUUGUUCAUGAACAGAGGAGAAGGAGAAAAUAGCUAUGCACAAAACUCUUCUUUCACACAAAAAGUGGCCUCAAUGACAAUGCCAGUGCUAGAAAAUGCAGUUGAAACUCUCUUCUCCAAAGAUUUCCACCUUCUUCAAGCUCUUAAUGUAGCAGACUUGGGUUGUGCAACAAGUCCAAACACGUUCACAGUGAUUUCUAUGAUCAAGAGAAUGAUGGAAAAGAAAUGCAGGGAAUUAAAUUGCCAAACACUGGAACUUCAGGUUUACUUGAAUGAUCUUCCUGGAAACGAUUUCAAUACCCUCUUCAAAGGCUUGUUGUCUAAGGUUGUUGGCAACAAAUGCGAGGAAGUUUCUUGUUACGUGAUGGGAGUACCGGGGUCUUUCCAUGGCCGGCUUUUUCCUCGUAACAGCUUGCAUUUAGUUCAUUCCUGUUACAGUGCUCAUUGGCUUUCUCAGGCACCAAAAGGACUCACAAGCAGAGAAGGUUUGGCAUUAAACAAGGGGAAGAUUUACAUAUCAAAGACAAGCCCUCUUGUUGUAAGAGAAGCCUACUUAUCUCAAUUUCAUGAAGAUUUCACAAUGUUUCUCAAUGCUAGAUCCCAAGAGGUGGUUCCAAAUGGUUGUAUGGUGUUGAUACUUCCUGGUAGGCAAUCUUCUAAUCCUUCAAGCAUGGAGAGCUGCUUCACUUGGGAACUAUUAGCUAUAGCCAUUGCUGAAUUGGUUUCACAGGGAUUGAUAGAUGAAGAUAAAUUAGACACCUUCAAUGUACCUAGCUAUUUUCCAUCACUUGAGGAAGUGAAAGAUAUAGUGGAGAGGGACGGAUCAUUCACAAUCGAUCAUAUGGAGGGGUUUGAACUUGAUACCCCACAGAUGCAAGAGAAUGACAAAUGGGUUAGAGUGGAAAAGCUUGCCAAGGCUGUCAGGGCCUUCGCAGAGCCUAUAAUCUCAAACCAGUUUGGACAUGAAAUCAUGGACAAACUAUAUGACAAGUUCACUUACAUUGUAGUUUCAGAUUUGGAAGGAAAGAUACCGAAGACCACAAAUAUCGUUCUAGUGCUUUCCAAGAUUAUUGGAUAGUUUUUUAGUGUUGUGAAAUAAACUGUAGUCCCCAUCACAUAUAUGCUACUAGAGAAGGAGCUGCAGGAAGCUCCCUAACUCUCUGUGGGGCUUUGGAAAUGCACGUGAUUAGUCUUGCUUUGGGUGCCAACCUUGUUAGGAUGCGUAGUUUUGACAAUGAUACAUCUUCUUUCCAAGCUAUGUGUAUCUUUUUUGAUGUAAUAAAAUUUUAUCCUCUUUGCUGUUCAAAAUAUAUAUAUAUAUAUAUGCUAGAGGGUUGUGCCAAUAUAUUGCACAAGAAGAUUUGAGAAGGGUCAAAUAUAGAAAGCUUUUUGCUCGUGUGGAGAGAGAAUGUUUUCUUGAUUUAAAUCUGUGAUACCCAAAUCGUAAUGCUGGGAAGAAAUGAGAAGUUAAACAUGAAAUUUUAAUUUCUUUACCUUAUGUAUGUAUGGAAUUAGUGGUUGUUUGCUAAAAAUAACGUCUCCUCCAAUUAUUGUAAUGUAUUAGGAUGGUUCUUGCAAAGAAUUUUUUUGCCCCUUUUAAA